AUGGCUGCAAGAGAAUCAGGUAGAAUAAAGGAUGCUUAUCAGAAAAGGAUCCUUGAUGAUGCAGCACGCAAGCGUAGACAAAAGAAAGCGUUAGAAGCUUUGGAACAAGAUAAUUUUCAUGAUGAUCCACAUGCGGAUUUAGUAAUGAGCAAGAAAGUACCAAAAUUUCAAGAAACAUUGGACAAUAGAGGUGGUAGAAAAAAAAAGACUAGAUCGGCGGAAUAUUAUAAGCAACGUUUUCGUAAAACAUUUGGCCAACUGGUUGAAGAGGAUCUUAAUGCAAAUCCAUCUUCACCUAAUUAUGCCUCUGCACAAGCUCCACCAUCUCGUUUUCCUGAAAGACAUUUUUGUGCAGUUUGUGGUUUUCCUAGUAAUUAUACAUGCAUCCCAUGUGGUGCUAGAUACUGUAGUGUCAAGUGUUUGGGUACGCAUCUUGAUACAAGAUGUUUAAAAUGGACAGCUUAGAUGAAAAGUUUAAUUUUACUUUUUAUUUCUCGGUGUAUUAUAAAGACAAUAAAACUGAACAUUUUUAAAGAGAAAA